UAGGUAGUUAAACAUAUACUCCACCCCAGUUCGUCCGCUGUCGGUCCCUGAGGUUGUGAUCCUGUCGUGUGUGCUGGGUUUCCCUGCGGCAGGACGAGCGUCCCAGCAGACUCCCUUGCUCAUUUAAAACCCCUGGAUCCUAAAGAGUUCAGCAUGCUACGCGCCCUGUUUAAAGGUUAGAGAGGGGCGGAUCGCUGCUCUACACCCCUGCUGUUCAGCAACCCCGGGGUCGAGCUUUGUUGGAAGAGAGGACCCCCUUCAUUUCUUUGCCAACGUUUUCGGAGAAUGGAACGAAAUGGGAAUAACUGUGAGAAUGACUUACAGUGCGCCGAGGAGGAAGAAGAAGUGGAUCCCAGAAUCCAGGGAGAAUUGGAGAUAUUAAACCAGUCGACAGAUGACAUUAACCGCUGGGAGAGUGAGCUGGAGGACUGCCGCCAGAGGUUUCGCACGGUUCUGGUAGAAGCAACAGUGAAGCUGGAUGAGCAGGUGAAGAGGAUCGGACGAGCUGUGGAUGACUCCAAGCCCUACUGGGAAGCUCGCAAAGUGGCAAAACAGGCCCAAGUUGAAGCCCAAAAGGCCACUCAGGAAUUCCAGCGGGCAGUAGAGAACCUGCGGGCAGCCAAAGAAACCAUCGCCCUGGCUGAGGAGAGGCUGCUGGAGGAGGACAGCCGGCAGUUUGACUCUGCCUGGCAAGAAAUGCUCAACCACGCUACACAAAAAGUUAUGGAAGCAGAGCAGGCAAGAACACGCAGCGAAGCUGAACACAGAAAAACAGCCGCCAACUACAACUCCUGUAUUGGUCACAUGAAGCAGUUAGAAAGGAAACUGAAACGCUCCAUCAACAAAUCUAGACCAUAUUUUGAACUGAAAGCCAAGUAUUAUCUACAGCUUGAGCAACUUAAGCGCCAUGUAGAUGAACGUCAAGCCAAAAUUGCGGUAGCCAAGGCAGAGUACAGCGCAGCACUACGCAACCUAGAAAGCAUCUCAGAGGAAAUCCAUGCUCAGCGACGCUCUGUUGCCAUGGGAACCAGGGAACAAGGUGUUGGUGCAGAAGGAGAUGGAGGUAACGAGGACAUCGACAACUUCAAGAUGGAGUCAGAUGGUCUGUCAAUGGUGUCAGUGUCAGUCGACGACGAGGCCAGUCACGGUAGCGGCUCGGAGGAGGAGGCCGACACUCACUCCACAUCCUCUCCCCAAGCAGUUCCAUCUUCACCCUCCUCUUCCUGCUCCCACCCUUCCACCUCUGCCUGCAACCCUCUUGACAUGUCCUGCUCUUACCCGUCCUCCUCACUCUACACCCUCUCCUCCUCUUCCUCUUCCUCGUCUUGUCCUGAUGGCUUGGAGUUAGUGAGCCCCUGUAGCUCUCAUGGCCCAGACUCAGUGUGUGGUUCUGGGCAUGCAUCACCUCUCCUGGGCCCUCGCAGCCAGUGCAGUGGAGCUUCCUCUCCAGACUGCGACCAAGAGAGAGGUGACAGAGCAGAGGGAGCAGAGACAACGUUAGAGGCUGGUCUGAACAAGCUAACCUUGACUGUAGCACAAAAGCAAGAUGAGGACUCCGGGGAUGAAACAGACCCUCUUUAUGUAAACCCUGAAAUCUCCUCUCCCAGCUCCGCUUCUAGCAUUCUGCUGCUUAACAACGUCUAAUGAAAGUCCCUCAUACCUUAAAGACUCACUUUGUCUGUCUUCAAGCCUCGAAAUCUACUCACAUGGAGCAGAGCAGAAAGCAAUGAGACAGCAAGCUGCACCCACAUGACAUUAUGUUUCAAUAUAGUUGAGCCCUGUCACACACAUGAAGGGUGCUAUAUGUAGUGUGUUUAACUUCUCUAUGGUAUUGUUAAAUCAAUUGUGAAACCAUGUAAAUUCAUUGUAAACUGAUAACAUGAGGAACAGGCUAAUUGUUGGGUUCUAUUUCAACUGUUAUAUCAGAGCUAAAAAUACAGAAGGAGCAACAUUUACCUGAACAUCCUUGCUUCCUGAGAGGCAUUUCGGUUGAUCUUCCUUGCAUUUGCAAAUAGGAAACUUUCCUCUAUUGUACCAUUAAACCUUAUUUGUGUUGUGCAGCUAUGAGACAAAUUUCCUGUCCGUGUUGUAGAGGGUGUCAAUCAUUUCAGCGGUGGUGCAACUUGUCUACUUCUAUAGACUGACAUGUCCAAGUUAAUGUUGUAAACUUUAAACGAUGUUAAUAUGCUACAGUUUGCACCACUGAGAGACAUUUGGUAUUAUUGUGAACAGCGAGCCACUUACCUGGCUCCACAUGAGGAUCAAAAUGGGACAAAAAUAAGCUGUCUCAUGUAGUAUUAUGUCUUUUGCUGCCCUUUAUGUGUGAAGUUUUCUGUUUUACUCCUGUCACUUUGAAAUGUUGAGUCGACUUUUAAGACAAUGAGACCCAAGGAAGGAACUGGAGUGCAAGCAGUACUCUGAGCACUAAACUAAAGAGACUUAAAAUCAGACUGAACCUUUCUGAGACGUAAAUGGUCUUCCAUUUGGACUCGUGAAUGACUUAAUAUGUAUAAACCACAUUUGUGGGUGGUUUGCUUGUGUGUGAAUGAUUUUUUUAAAUGUGUGUCAGCCCCCUUCCCCCUCCACGAACGUUCAAAUACUACUCUGUAGAACAGAUAUUCUAUAUUUAUACUCCUGUAUUCUUGUACAUGAAUAAUGUUUUGUGGUUGACGUUGUAAUUGUUUAACACAAAGUAAGCAAUAAACAUGUGCUUCGUGUAACUUCA